AUGCAACCAUCUUCACAAUAGCAUGAACAAAUAGAAGAGUAAGCUUAUUUGAUGAAUAAUCAAGUAGCAAACUCUUAAGGAGCUUAAGCAAAUUCCCCUCACAAUAUUUUUAUAAGCAACCCUAACAUUUAAUCAACAGAUCCUUCUUAAGUGAAGGCUCAGUAGUCGCCAAUAUACUCAUAAGACUCUCCCCAACUCCUGCAUCAUUAAAAAAUCAAGAAAGUUGAAAAUUUGUAAAAUUACUUGACUAAUUCUUACGAGCAAAAAAUGAAUAAUCUAAGAUCCUCAUCCUCAUAGUAAGUUUAGCGCAAUCAUAAUCUAUAGUUAGUAUCCACUGAGCUUUAAAAGAUUUUAUCUCCUCGCGAAAUUCGUGAAUUAGCCUACAGUUUAACUACAAAGAGUGUUACUAAUCUUAACAAUUAGCAAUCUGCACAUAAUCGCAGCACAAACAGUAUGUAUAACAGCUAAAAUCGCUCUUUUUCUCAGCAAAAUUAACUCUAAAAUUUUAGAAGCAGUCGCAGUAGCAAUUAUGAUUAUAUUUAUCAAGGAUAAAGACAACAAUCUUUAAACGCUAGUUACACAGAAUAUUUAAGAUAAUCAUAAAACAGAUCAGGUCUAAAUUCAUCCUAACAGCACUAUCAAAGCAGAUCUCUAUCAGCCAAUCGAGCUUAACUUCGUUUGUAUCACUACAGUGAAGUCAAAAAAGAAAAAACAGUGUUACUUGAUAAGCUAAUUUCAAAAUAGGCAAAAGAAUCUGCUAAUUCUCGAAAAAUUUCAAAAAAAUCAAACCAACUUUUGACUUACAAAAUGGAAAAUACUUUGAAUAAUGCAUUAUAGCAAGUAGACCUUAUGAGAAAGAACAAUUUGAAUUUCGAACAAAUAGGUAGAGUGCUCUAUCAAUUGAAAGUAUUUUAGUGUUUGCAGUACGAUGAAAAUUGUCAUAUACUUCCUUUUUAAAACAAUCCUAGUUCAACUAAGCAAAUGGAAGUAAAAAGGAGAUUUGCAGAAAUGUAUUUUCAUGAAGAAUUUUGGAAUGUUUGUUCUAUUAACAAUGAAUAGGUUGAAGUAAUAUCUACUGAAAUAGUUUAUUGCUUAAUUAGAAUACUUCUUGAUCCUGUUAAGCUUACCACAAUAGCGACAGUAAAUUUAAUUAGAGAGUACUUACUGAAGUAUAAUUAGAAUUAAGAAGAGUAUAUUAUGAGUGAUUCUUCUUUCGAAGAAUAGUUGAUCAAACUAGUAGAAGCUUGGAAGGAACUUGAAAUCGAUCAAUUCGCUUAUAAAAAAAUAGGUUUCUUGAAGCCAAAAUAAUUUGAAGAAUUCUGCUACAGAAGAGGAGAGAUGCUUACUUUCCAUCCUAAAAUAGAAAAAACAUCAGAACACUUAGAGUUGCAUAAUACUUAUAAGUUUUUAUAGGAGAAUCCAAUUGAAGGCUUAACACCAGAUGUUUAUGAGUAAAAAUAGAGGGAAUAUGAAGAAGAGUGUGGAAUGAACAACGGUUAUGAAAAUAGAAAUGGAUCAUUGCAAGGUUCUGACUAGAUUUCUCCAUCAAGGUUUUAACUAGAAAGAUAUAAGAUUUUAUAUAAAAAGUAGGAAAAAAUAAAUGAAAAGAUAUUUAAUUUAAGAUAAGAAAAAGAUUAAAAAGAAAAGGAGUAGUGCACUUUUAAGCCAGAUUUGUCAAUUAAUAGCAAAAUUAAUGAGCAUUCUAUACUUUUAAAAUACAAUGGACAUGUAAAUAUAUUUGAUCGCCUGUAUUAAGUCGAACCUUUGGAGGAGAGAGUAAAAAAGGAAGAAUAAAUUUAUUAUGAAAAACAAUAAGAAGAAUUAAAUUAAUGUACCUUUAAGCCUAAUGUAAAUAGGUCAAGGAUUUCUGGAAUUAAUGAAAAAAUCGAUGCAAAAGACCUUGUGCGUGAUUUCGAAAAAUCUGUAGGAAGAGUUAAAACAGGAUUCUAAAGAUCUUAAAUUUUAAAAUAAAAGCUUGAAAAAGUAAGUAAAGGAGAGCGUUAUGAUUCAUUAAAAAAGCUUAAACCAGCUCCCCCCACUCUCCUUUCUAGAUAAGUCUAAAAAGAAAAGCCUUUCUCUCAAUUUAAAGUCAGUUUAAGCAAAAAUAAAGUCGUUACAAUCUCACUUAGGGAAAGUGAUGAUCCCCACACCUUCGCUCGUAACUUUGCUAAAAUUCACUAAAUUAGUCCUUCAGUAGAAAAAGAAUUAGAAGGUAUUAUUAGAAAUUUAAAGGAAGAUUAUUUAAAGAACUAGAAAAAUGGUUCUAUACAAAAUUAAAAUUGA